UGGUUUCCUAUCUUUCGUUGAUGUUUGUGGGAGCCUUUGCUGCCGUCUUUGGUGCGGUCAGCUUCUUCGUCUACCUUUUCACCCCUCCUCGCAACUUUCCCAAAAACAUCCCCACAAUUCCAUUCUACUAUGGGCUCCUGCCUCUCUUCAAGGAUGUCGACCAAGCUGAGCUCUAUCGACAAUAUCUCAAGGAACCCCUGGCCAAGCACGGCGCAGUCAAGCUAUUCUUUGGCGGGCAAUGGAACAUAUUGGUGACGAACCCGACCUACAUAGGAGAGGUUCUCAAGCAAGAAGACAUCUAUGCAAAGUCUGGGAACCAAGUCAAGAUCCCACAUAGCGUGCUUGCUGAGUAUACGGGCGAGAACAUCAUCAGUGCCCACGGCGAGAAGUGGAGGCUAUAUCAGCGCGUCAUCAAGCCAGCCUUGCAAGCCGACCAGGACUCUGAGGACAUCUGGAAAAACUCCAGAAUCCUCGCAGAUAUGUUUCUGAGCGAUACCAAGAACGCUCGAGGCAACGGAAUCCCAAUCUAUGCGCCACUCCACCGGUAUGCGCUCGCCAACCUUUCCGAAGUCUUGUAUAGCUCCAGUUUCGAGACACUGCAGCACCCAGAUUCCCCGCUGCACACGCUCCAAACAAAGAUCAAGCCCAUCAUCUUCCACCCAAUAUUCAUGAACUUCCCCUUUCUCGACUAUCUUCCUUUGAAGAUACGGAAACUGGGCCGCAUGCUGAGCAGACAGUUCCGCCACACACUCCGCAACGCCAUCAUCAAAGGCCAUACUCGACACGUUUGCAACGAAAACGACAGCAAAAACGUCGCUUGCAGACUCCUCGGGUCUCACCGUGAGGGCAUGCUCAGCGACAAAGAUCUCGACGACAAUCUCGUUAGCACGUUUCUCGCUGGACACGAAAACCCCCAGCUGGCACUGAUGUCUCUGAUGUACCUUUUGGGCACACACACGCAGGUCCAAGACGCCGUCCGCAAGGAGAUAUCUUCUCUCUUUCCCGCCAACGCGUCCCCAGACUACGAGCCCUCGUACACCGACAUCCACGACCUCCCCCUACUCACAUCGGUGCUAUACGAGUCCCUGCGCAUGUUCCCACCCAUUUCACAGCUCAUCAAUCGCCGCACUACAACCCCCAUUGUCCUGGGCAACACGGUGCCUAUUCCCGCCGGCGUAUACGUCGGCUACAACGCAUACUCUACCAAUCGCGACACAGAGUUCUGGGGCCCUGAUGCCGAGGCCUUUAGGCCGGAGCGUUGGGGCACUACAAACGAGGAUAUUGGUAAAUUGUACCGCCGUGCGAACUCCAAAAGCGCUUUUAUCAGCUUUCAUGGCGGAAGGAGAGCUUGCCUGGGACAGAAAUUCGCCAUGCAGCAGUUGAGAAUCACGCUGGUGCAGUUGCUGAGGGAUGUCAAGUGGAGGGUAGAUGACGCGUGGGAUGGUAGGAUGACGCCCGCAGGGCCGCUAUACCCCAGGGGCUUGAAGUUGAAGUUUGAGAGGGUGAAUGGCCAAGUAGAAAACGCGUGAGAUGAUAUGACAUGUUAUUUGCAUAGCGCAAGGGGUAUUUUUCCGGAGUUUGGGCUACAUUAUGGCUUGAUUUUAUGCUUUGUUUGUUAUUUUUCUUCGCAACUCCACAUUGGGAGUCCUAGGUACUCUUCUGCAAUACCCGUUGUUCUGACAUUGCUUGCAAUGAGAAACGUCAUAAUCACAUGAAAGUAAGCAAAUGUUACCGUUACUACAGCUCGUUAUGUCGAGGCGCAUUUUUACC